CGCGCAAGGCCCCGUUGUUCCAGGGCAGCUCUUGCGCUCGCUGGCUCGCUGCAGGAGGACCCUUGUGAGCAAGGAGUUCUCAGCAGACGGCCUGCACCCCGAGAGGAGUCUUGCUAUUUCCCUUGGGUGCCAUUGCGCAUUGUGCAAACCCACACAGCACUGCUAAAAUGAUCGAGCAAGUCUGUGCCGUGGUUUGCAGUGUUUUCUCCGUGGCAUAUUCUGGCUACUUCCUGGCUCACCUGACAGGUCACUUCACCCGUGGAUGGAGACAAGCGUGUCCUUUGGGCUCAAGGGCAGGGUCGGCACCUCCUCUGGCUCCCUCUCUUGUGGAGGAAGAGGCUGAAGAGGAGCAAGAGCACAUCAAGCCCCCAGCUGCUGUCCCUCCACGGCCCCAAAAGGCUCCCGCAGCUGCCGGCACUGGGUCCGGCAGCCCCGCCCAGCCGGCCGAGACGAGAGAGGAGCAGAGGCUGAUGAGACUGAGGAGCGUUGUGAGCCCGGGUGAGCCAAGGAGCAAAUACACGGCCCUUGAAGAACUUGGACGAGGGGGCUUUGGAGCUGUUUAUAGAGCCCUGGACGCCAGCACAGGCAAACAGGUGGCUAUCAAGAAAAUGACACUGCAAGAGGAGGAUUGCGAGGAGCUGGCUGUCAAUGAAAUCGUGGCCAUGAGGGACAACAGGAAUCCCAAUAUUGUUACCUACUUAGACAGGUUGGGGUGUUGGCAUGUCAGCGUUCCUUCAGAUAGUGCAAGGCAGAAAUGAGCAAGCCCUUUGG